UAUUAUUCCGCCAUGUUCCCUCUUUCCCAUUCUUUCCCUCUUUACCUCGACCCAAAACCCCUCCGAGACACACAAAUAAAAAUGAAGGCUUCAAACCAAACAAAACUGAAAACAAUGUUUUAGAAAGAUAUAAAAAGAAAAAGAGAUCGAUAUUUGCUAGAUUCUUUGGCUAAAAAGGGAUCCGAGUAUGGCAAGCGGGUGGGUCAAAUCAUUGCAAUGCAAAUCGAGAGCAUUCGAAGAUGUUUAUCACCCGAGCCCGAAGCAUUUCAUACCCAGUUCCAGUUGUAGACGAGGUUCUCAGAGCAUCAAAGACGUCAUCGAAACGACCAAAAAACAGUCCAAGAAAUCCAACCCGAAACUGCUUCCGACGGCCAGCAGUAAACCCGCCCCCGAUUUGAAUUAUCCUCCGCCUCGGCAUCGCCGGAGUUGUUCUGCCCCUGCACUUCCCGUUCGGAACCCUGACCCUGUCCUGCCAGCGCUGACCGAGCUGCCCGAGGGUCACCCUUCGAGGAAUGUCGUGGAGAUUAUUUUUCAUACGAGUUGGGGCCCCAAGGCUUUCACGGGUCUUAUCGAGAUGAUUUUUAAAGUUCAAAAUGGGCCGAGGACAGUGACUCGGUUCGAGGAGUAUCGAGAGACUGUCAAGACUCGGUCUGGGUCGGGUGGUCCUGCUUCUGCUGACGAAGAAAACGCGAGGUGCGUCGCGGACGGGAACGAGGUCAUGCGGUUCCAUUGUUUGGGUCCGACUUCAGGGAACUGCGGGAUGAACGACACGUGGCUAUUAUCCGGGCGGAAAGGUGCGGCCAUAUGCACGUAUUCCGGGAGCGGUGGAGCUCACGUGAAUGCGGGAGGUGGGUGGGGGAGGAGGGCGAUGUUGGUUUGCAGGGUUAUUGCGGGUCGAGUCUCAAAACGGGUGGGAUUCGUAUACAAGUCGUUGCAGGAUGGGCGAGUUGGGUAUGACUCAGUGAGUGGGAACAGCGGCGAGUUGCUCGUGUUUGAUCCACGUGCUGUGUUGCCUUGCUUUCUUGUCAUCUACAAAUUAUAAAAAUAUUUAAAAAACACUUUUUUUCUGCUUUUUUUUUUAAAGGGUGCAUCGUCUUUGCUGCAUUUACCAACACAAUUUUUGUUUCUUUCUUUUUGGGGUUUUAUUUUUUUAAUUUUCCUGUGAUUAUUAUUAGUAAAAAUAAUUGGGUUGAUAAAUGCUAAUUGAUCAAGUUUGAACUUAAACAACCGUUUGCUUUUCUCUUGUACUUAAAUUGUUGUUAACUCAUUAACUCACCCAAAUAUACCGUUUGGCGUUUGCUCUUUCUCGUGUAAUGGGAUUUUGAAUUAAAGUGCUGUUCACUACUUAGACCAUUUUGUCGUUUGGUGGGAUUUUCUAACUUGUUGAUCUGAAGGAUGAAGAAAAUUGAUUAAUUAACGGACUUGAUUUGGAUGCCAAUUAGGUACUAACCACGGUAGUUGUGGAAGUUUGGAAUAGAAUUUUCAGCUUGGUUCAAGCAGCCAUUGUUAGGCCAACAGGUACUCACCAAUAGUUCUGGUGUGUUGAUAAUGCUUGAAAAUUCUUGAUCAAGAAAAAAAAGA